UGGAACAUGAUAAACCUAAUUUAAUGAGCCAUAGAAAACCUUUAAAAAAAUGAUGAAAGUGGUCAUUUUAAGACGGAUUUCAAGAUUAGUCAUUUCAUGCUUGCUUCAUUAUUCAUGGAGCAGAAUUUGUUAACUCCCCAGAAAGAUUCGUCCCGAAGGCCACCUCCUAACUUCCGAGUGAGGAGGUGAAAUACUGAAAUGGAUGAAUCCUCUGCAGCAGCUGAUUCGUUCGAGAAUGGCAGAUACAAAUACAUACACGAUAUUCACAAGGGCCCACCUGAAGCCAUAGACGUUCAUCGCAUUGUUCUCCAAAGAAGCAGUCAAAAGAAGCUCUUAAUUUUCUGCUUCCUUGCUUUGCUUCUCUUCGCAAGUCCUCCCUUCUUCUUCUUUGUUCAACAGCUUAAUUUACUUACCACACUUCCAUGGAGUCUGCUUCUGGGUGGAUUGUUUGUCAGACUGUUAUCGCAGAAGCUGGUUAAGAAAGAGUCUGUUAUCAUCCUGCCAGCUUUUGGGGUUCAGCUUGAGGCUCAGUAUGGAAGUGGAAGAACCAUUCGCCGCUUUGUUCCCAUUAGCAAGAUCUUGAAACCUGUGCUGAAUGAGUGUGUGACCCCAGUUACUUGUUACUGGAGCCUAGCCCUGAUUAUACGUGGAGAAGAAGAACUCAUGUUGGUUUUUAAGGAACUCUAUCCACCUGUAAAAAUGUUAGUGCCCAUCUGGAAGGCUAUCUGUGCUGCUAUUGAUGUUGAGGAAACAUGACAGCGGUCCCAUUACACUUUUGGAACUCCAGAAACAGCUCUUAACUCUCUAAUUUAUAUGUAUUUUUGGUCUAGAGAAAACUAUGAAUACCUUUUCAGUUGUUUACUCCCCUUCGGUGGACAGAAUAUGCUAAUCAUGUUCUUUGGUAUGCAUAGAAUGUUUCCUGUGAAGGAAAGGAAUGGCUGCGUUAAUCUUUAUGCCUCUUUAAGGCAAUUAAUGCAUCGAGUAUCUGCUUCCUCUGAA